AUGACUGAUCGGCCUUGUAAGUUUGAAUAUAAAAUAAGUAUGCAAAUGACAUAAUUCAUUCAAUUACAGUAACCCCGGAUGAAUUUGCUGGUCAUACUGUAAUUCCACUGCGGGAUUGUCCUCAUUUGACGCAAGUCGCCGAAAUUCCCGAAACUGGAGUUGAUGCUUUCAAAACUUGUAAUGAAUGUAAUAUUCAGGCAGAAGUUUGGACAUGUUUGACGUGUUAUCAAGUAAGUAAAUCAGUUUUUUUUAGUGAUUAGGAAAAUAAAAUGCACUCUAAAAUUUAGAAAAUAAUUUUCAAAUUUUCGACUGCUUUCAUAAAAACGGAUGAAAAAAAGAAGUUUCCAGUAAACCCAUUUUUUCAGUCCCACUGCGGUCGAUUUGUCAACGAACACGCGAUUCGCCAUUACGAAACAACAAAUCAUCCAAUGGCUCUUUCCUUAGCCGAUCUCAGUGCCUGGUGUUAUCCAUGUGAAUCAUAUGUUCACAAUCCAGUUCUAACUCCUGCCAAAUCUUCAGCACAUGAAAGUAAAUUCGGAAACCCGACUCAAAAUUGA